GCUAUCUAAGCUUUCUGAACUUUGGAGUUUCGCUUUCUGCGAAACUCCUGAUGUGGAGAUGGAGAAAUAAAGGGAGGGAGGGAGGGAGGGAGGGAUGGAGUUAUAACUACAGCACACAGAAGUGCAGAUGUACUGUGAUCUGAAAAAGAGACCAAUUUUGUUGUUCAAAGGAAGGCUUGACUUGUGUUGUUUUUUUCUGCAACAAGAUGGGUUUAAACUCAACUGAAGACUCUUCCAUUGCUCCAAUUGUCAAAGAGCUGAGGAUUGUCCUGCUGGGGAAGACUGGAUCAGGAAAGAGUGCAACAGGGAACACCAUCCUGGGACGACAAGCUUUUACCUCAGAGAUAUCUCCGUCUUCUGUAACAGAGACAUGUCAAAAAGAAACUGCCCACUUUGAUAAAAGAACCGUGAGUGUGGUCGACACCCCUGGUGUCUUCGACACAUCGUCAAAGGAAGACGUUGAAAAAAAAGACCAGUUGAAAAAUGAAAUAGAGAAAUCUAUCACACUGGCUGACCCAGGACCCCACAUACUCCUGCUAGUGAUCAGAUUGGAUGUACGGUUCACAGAUGAGGAGAAGAAGGCCGUUGAAUGGGUCAAGGACAACUUUGGUGAAGAAGCUUUCAGUUAUACACUGGUGCUUUUCUCUAGAGGAGAUGUGUUAAUAGAGCAGUCCAUUGAGCAGUACUUAGACAAAAGUCCUCAACUCAGUGAGUUUAUCAAAUCCUGUAAACAUGGGUGCAUUGUGUUUGACAACACGUGCAUAACAAAUCGCACUCAGGUGGCUGAUCUUUUUGAAAAGAUAGACAAGACAGUGCAGUUAAAUGGUAGCCAUUAUACCAGAAGUAUGUACGAAGAGGCCCAGAGAAAGAAGAAUUUGAAGGAAUGGUGGAGCAAGUGGGGAGACACUAUGAACACUGUAGGUAAUCAGUUGCUUGUGGCAGGAGUAGUCGCAGCUGCAGUUAACGCCCCUGCAGCUGCUGGUGUUGUUGCGGCGGCUACAUCCAUGAGACCGAUUUUAAUAGUUGCAGGUGCUGGGAUUUCUAAAGCCAUCGGGAGGUGGAUGAAACCUAAAACAAACAGUUGAGUAAAGCCAUGGUCCUUUGAGCAAACUUGUUAAGUAAUUCCGUUAUUUUUUUCUUUUGACACAUUUAUUUUUUGGCAAGAUGUUAUUACAUUUCAUCAAUGUACAUUCAUACAUAGUAAUCACAAUUAAACUUAUUUGAACAAUGAAGGAAUCCUUUGAUACUAAAUUUUUUAAAUGUUGAUGUACACUUAUCCUGAAUUU